AUGUCAUCAACAUCAUUUCUACUGUUCCUGUACUCAAUACACUACUCCGUACUCAACUUCAACACCGAACAGCAGGCUGCUGAGGCUGCUGAGGCUGCAGGCGACUGUCAGGCCCUGGAAUUUCAGGCGGCGUAUGGGCUCGCGUUACUCUCAGGCGUGCUUGGCGAGUCCCGAACUCGUGGCCGCCAGCGCACUCAGCGGCAUUUUCUCCGGCCCAGACUCGUGGUAGGUACGGCGGGUUGGUCUGGCCUCGACCAUGGUGUUGGCACGGGGACGAAGCUGGGUGGUGAAGGCGCAUUCGCCAACAGGGUGCAGCAGCGUGAUUCGUUCAACGAGCAGGGGGUCCUCGAGAACAUCAGCGGUGAGAUGCUCCUCUGCGAUGCCGACAACCUCGACAAGGAUACCAUAUAUCCCGAAAAAAGAUGGAAUCAGGACAACGCUUCUCCAGAGGAUAUGACGCAUGCCUUCAUGUCGAAUUGUGAUGCUUUCUUCUAUUUUCUCGCCAAGCCACGCGAUAUUCUCGUUGGGUUACAACGUUGGCUGCGGUUUCUCAAGAGAGCAAGCGGCAACGGCCCUGCUAGCGAAGCAGAUCGCGGUAGUCGUGGCUGGGAGUAUUCAGAGUAUCUUUUCCCGAAUACUAUCAAAAAUGCGCUCAUGGGCCUAGAGGUUCCGCGCUUGGUCGAGCGACUGCGCCUCCGCUCUUCAGGCGUCACUGGCAACCGGCCUCUGACACGACGGGCGGGCUGGACGGUGACGUAUCACGAGUAG